CUUUGGAGCAUACUUCGACUCGAGUCCACCUAAACUAAAUGGUUUUCCACUAUCCCAAAAUUUGGACGGACUUCACUUAUGACAGCUGAAGCUACAAGCUGUUUUAAAGCGCUGCGAGAACUUCGGUAGCAACUGGUGUAAAUACCAUGGCAGACGAAAAGCACUUUGUGGAUAAACAUAGAAUCAAGCUGAUCGAGAAAGUGAGCAACAUUCCAGCCAUUUUGGAUGAGCUCCUUCGUGAAAAUGUCAUCCAAGAAGACAGUUAUGAUAAAAUCAGAGCUCUGCCUACCUCUCAGGACAAGAUGAGGGAGCUCGUUAGUGGGCCUUUGGAAGCCAUUGGAGUUCAAGGAAAAGAGAUAUUCUACAAAAUCCUGAAUAAACAUGAGUCAUAUCUAAUCAAUGACCUCAAGACAACGGAAGUGCCAGUAGAACCAAAGACGGCUAAGAAGAUGCUUUUUGAAACAUUGAAUGAUUUGAGUUCAGAGGAGCUUCACACAUUCAAGUCACUCUUUGAAUUGGAGAAAGGUUUGCCACUCUCACCAAGGAGUCUACAGGACACAGUGGAGCUGAUGGUGGAGACGUACAGCCAUGAGUGUGUGGAGUUGACCAAAAAGGUUUUAAAGAAGAUGAACAGGACUGAUCUGCUGCAGAGAUUAUCAGACAUCAGCUCAGGGACCAAAGAGAAACAGCAGCCUUCACUAAUCCAGAGAGUGGAAACGAUGACGUCUGUUAUAGAGCUGCUUUUGGAAACACUGAAAGAGUUGAGAGACGGAGAGCUCCAGAAGUUCAAGAAGGUCCUCGACUUCCACAGAAAUUUCUCCGACGCCCCAUCGUCGCUGCAGGGGUCAACCGACAGGCAGGACAUAGUGUUUUCAGUGGUGAAGACCUACGGCCAACAGUCUGUGGAGAAGACCAAGGAGGUUUUAAUGGAGAUGGAGAGGACUGAUCUGGUGCAGAAGUUGUCAGACAGCAGCUCAGCACCCAAAAAAAAACACUCUGUGGAUGAAUACCUGUCUGCACUGAUCCACAACGUGGCAACAAUGAGAGCUGUUAAAGAGCUGCUUUUGGAAACACUCAGUGGUUUGAGUUCCGAGGAGCUAGAGAAAUUCAAGUGGUUGCUGCAGUUCAGGUUCUUCCAGAGGGGCGUUCUAAAAUACUCAUCAAGACAACUGCAGUGGACUGACGGGGCAGAUGAACUGGUUGAUGGGAUGCUGGAGAACUACGAUCAACAGUCUGUGGAGGUGACCAGGGAGGUUUUAAUGGAGAUGAAGAGGACUGAUCUGGUGCAGAUGUUGUCAGAGACCAGCUCAGGAACCAAAGCUGCAGGAACAUCAGCUCAGGCUUCGGGUGUGACUACCAUAGAGAAAGAGAAACUCUCUGCACUGAUCCCGAAGGUAGCAAAAGCGGCAGUUGUUUUUCGGGUUUUAGAAACACUUAAGGCGAUCAAGACCAAGUCUUUACUGGACAUGAAGAGGACUGAUCUGGUGCAGAGGCUGUCAGAAACCAAGGAGGAGGUUGGAAGGAAGAGGUCUAUUGAAAGCCAAGUCGCCGUGAUGGAGGAGCCAGGUUUACCAUCGUCAGUCAUCAGCUCAGGACUCAAAAAGACACAUCAGUCUAAACCGCUCCGCAAAACACAGGGAGCCACUGGAGAGGCACUGAACUGGGAUCCACUGGGGAGGGACUCCACACCUGGCAUAGAUGAUUGUCCUCUGCAUGACUGGACUAAACUUGAACCUGAAGUAAACAGUCCAGAUGCAGAUGAAGUUCCAACUUACAGCCUACAGUCUGAAGCAGGGAACUUUGAAUGCAGUGUCUCUGGCUUGCGCUGGGUCUGUAAGGAGAAGGUCAGCUUUAAGUACCAGUUUUGCUCUUGGGAGGGAAUUAUGGAGAGGAUGGAAAGCCUACAGUAUAUGCCUGCAGGUCCCCUUAUGGACAUCACAGUCAUUGCUGGGAAGUUAGAUGAAGUGUACCUGCCGCACUGGAUCUGCUUAGAUGACAACCCUAAAAUAUUAGACAGGUUUGCAGUCCUGCACAUAGAUGACUGUGGAGAUGUUGUGGAAAAAGUGUCUGAAGUCACAUCGUCCCAUGUCAAGCUGUCUGAACCCGUUUUCUCUCCAAGAGCGGCUCUGAUGAAAAUGGGCUUGCCUGUGAAAAUAGGCUGUCAAGUGUUAAUAUACUACAUACCCAACACAUCAUUCCUCAGACUGCAUGUUUACCUGAUCCCACAUGAUCAUGGUCUACAACAGACAGUGGACAAAAAUAAGGAGAAAAAAGGAUACAAAAGAAUCGAAAAGCCACGCCCAGACAAGUACCUGAAAAUGCAGCAGGGUUUCAAACUUGCAGCAGACACAAACAUGGCAAAAAUUCUCCCAGAGGAAAUAACCCUCAGAUACGAUAGCCAAGAUCCAAAUUUCUAUGAAGUGUUCAUUGAGAAUCCAGACACAAACUUCCAGCUUACACUCUCACCCCUUAACAAGAAGAAGAAGAAGAAGGGUGAACCACAGUGUGAACCAGUAUGGAUCUGUGAAAUUCAAAAAGUUGACUAUCAAGACUCUGCGGAUUCAGAAGAGACAUGUGGACAAUCCCCCGUACAUGGUCUAAGUGACAAGAAACCCUCUCUGGAUGGCCGCCUAGCUGCACUGAUGGAGAAGGCAGCAACAGUCACAACGGAUAGAGAGAGGAUUUUGAUUAUGCUGCAAGAUUUGAAUCAGCAAGAGUUCAAACAAUUCAUAUGGCAACUGGAGUACAGUGACAUCGGGGAGGGCCGUGAACGCAUCCCAAGCAGCAAACUGGAGAACAGUGACAUGUUUGACCUGGUGAAUCAGAUGUGGAAGACCUACAUCCAGCAGUCUGUGGAGGUGACCAUGAAGGUUUUAAAGCAAAUAGACAGGAAUGAUCUGGUGCAGAUAUUGUCAGUCACCAGCUCAUGAUCCAAAGAGAAACUCUGUGGAUGAACAGCUGUCUGCACGGAUCCAGAGUGAGCAGAGGCACAUCUGUGUCUGACUCUACACAGCUUUCAAUGCAUGAAUGGUUGAAAAUCAUUCCUGCAACUUGAGCUGAUAAACUAUGACAAAAGAAAAAUAAUUUUUUAUCGUGACAAACAUGAGAACUGAGGCUGCAUUCAGGUUUAUCUCUUCAGCAACUACACUUAAAUACCUAAUAGCCUACACUACUUAAUUUUCUUCAAUAAUGUAACAGUAUUGCGAUCUCUAGCACAGAGGAACACAUGAGGAAAUGUAAGUUUUUUUUAUUCAUGUCAGUCAAACUGAAUAUUGCAAGUUUUUAAAACAACUUUUAAAAUGAUUGUAACUAUUUUAAAACAUGAAAACAGAUCAUGAGUUCUUUUAGCUUCCCUUAUAGCAACAGAUCAGGUGGCUCAUUCCAGGGUUUUUUAGCAGCACAGUGUUUACAGUUUACAGAAUGUAAAGGGAUACAGGGGAUAAAGGGAACCAUCUUAAGCUCUGACAAUGUUUAAAUGUAAGCACAUAUCAGUAUUUCAGCUACAGAAAUGGAACAAAAGAAAUCUACCACAAUGGUUCUCAAAACAUCUGAUGUGGUGUAUGCAUUAACUCUGAGGUCUUAAAAUGCGUAUACUUGCAUCACGUUUGAGAUUCAAAGAGACAUCCUUGAUUAUUGUUAUGUAUAAAUUACAUAGUAUAUGCCUUUAUGUAAAUUAUUUUUAAAUUUAAAAUCAUUGGUCUUUUUAUAGUUUUUUUUUACUGUAUA